AGUACUGAAGAUCUUAUUCAAGAAAUAAAGUUUAAUCAUUGGUUAAAUUUUGGAAAAAUUGAUAAUGAUUGAUCCAAUGAAACAUUAGUAGAUACUUGUGAAGACCCAAAACAAAAGAAAAAGUAAGCCAAAAAUAUAAUGGCAUAAACGAUUCUGUAAAUUGGCGUGACAAGAUAUAAAAUGGGUUAACGAGGAGAUAAUGCUUGUAGAAAAAUAGCCGAAUCAAAGUAUUACGACAGAUAAUAGCAGUACUAUGACCUGCGGUUCAGAUGCAUUACGUAAUUCAAUGGAUGGUUAUCGGAUUGGAAAUGAGAGAUCAAGAUUUGUGGAAUGGCGGAUGGAGUUGGUGAAAUCUGCAAGAGAUGCUGAGGAUGCUGAAGGGUAAUCUGCUAUUUGACCAAAAUGACGCGACGGAAAAGUGUGUUUUCAAAGUGGACUUUAGUUUUAUUAGUAGUUAUUUUAUGUGAGUUUGUUGAUUCAAGACCCCAGGAGGUGACUUCGCCGUCACCAACAAACAAUGUACAAACCACAGAAUCUACAAGGAGUUCCACUGAAAAAGCUUCAGAAAACGUGACGAAAGAAGAAGUGACUACCAACAGCGUGUCGAGAAAUGUCAAGACUAAAGGCGCUGGUAUCGGUGACUCCAUCAAGAUGGUUACCAGUCAGUUGCUUGAAAAUCCUUCUAAUUCUUCAGGACCAGCACCCAUAGUAGCUGACACCAGAAUACCCCCGAAACUUAAAAAUCAACUUGCACAAAAACAUAAAAUAAAAACAAGACACGAAAAUGGAGAGGAACCCUUAGAAAAUGCACAUGUAGGUGUCGCUGUACCAGUCACCAUGGAAGAGUUGGAAUCUGAAAAUAAAGUAAAUGACGCAUCAAAUGAAUCAUCUACAUCAAAUGAAGGCAUUUCUACCUGGAUUCUACUAAGUAAUCCUACGAAUAAAGAAAAUAUUACAUCUACCACUGAGCCCAUAAAACCAGCAGAUGACAGUAUAAAGAAACAGAAACCUCUGUCUUCUAAAAACAAAACGAAACGUCCUCAGGUUAACAAAGUACCAGUAGUUAAACGUCCGAUUAUUGGUAGUACGAAUAAAUCUGAUUUAGUUGCUGGAGGAUCAGCUAUAAAUGAAAAUGUGUACAACAAAAUUAAAGAUACUGUAUUAUCAAAUGUUCAGAAAAAUAAAAGUACUACAACCCAACGCACCACAACACCCUCAACCACCACUAUCGCUACAACUACGGAACCUCCUACUACAAAAAAGGAAAUUGUUACAAAGCCAACAGUGACCCUACCUGUAGUCAAGGCUACCUCAAAACCGACAAAGAAAAAGAACAAAAAUAAGUAUAAACUUACUACAACAGAAACACCUGUUGUAAAUGAAUCUGCUUUAUUACCAAUGGAGCCAAAAGAACAAGAAAUCGAACUUGAAAUCAGCACCCCAGCAGCCACUACAAAGAAACCCAAACGCACUUCUACCAAGAAAAAGAAGACAAAGAAGCGCAAGACCACCAAACCUAAACCUGAAACUGGCACAGCAGUUAGUGAAGUUAAAACAAGCAAUAAAACAAAAUCUAGUAAGCCUUCGAAGAAACCAACUAUUACAGAUGUUACUGGCCCAAUUACCUCGCAAAUCUACAAUUACUUCUCCAGAGAAGUGAUGCCUUCUGUAGGAGUUGGAGUUAUUGGUUUAGCAAGUUUGGUCGGUAUAGCCAGCUACUUCUUGUAUCCUUUCGCAACGCCGGUUAGAAGGACGUUCGAAGUAGAUAAGAAAGAUGAUAUAUAUAAACACAAUGCUGAAGAAUACGCCAAUGAUGGAAACGGACAAGCUGAAGAAGAAAUGCUUGGAACAGUACUAGCUGGAAUGCCAGCACAUUCAAAACAUAAGCUUAACCCCUAUGCUGGCCAAACUACUCAUAUAAAUAGAAACCCAUACCCGGUGAAGAAAGACCAAGACCUUAGAUACCGUCACGUCUCAACGAGCAGUUAUGAGCCCAAUUACAAUGUGCGCUAUCCGCAACAAAAAACUGGCAUCGCACAUGGCGCUGUAUACUCUGAGCCAGUUAACUACAGCCCACAACAGCCACAAUAUGAGACACGACAUGUUUAUACAACAGAAAGUAAAUACACAUACGAUAAAGGACCAACUGCUUAUACUCCAUCUUACCCAGCAGUAGAGCCCAUCUACGCAGCACCUCAAACAGGACCAUCUGAAAUAUCAUCGUACGGAAGUGAUUCGUCUAACGCUGUCGUAUAUGGAAUCAAACCAUCAUCGGACUCCGAUUUCAAACCAGUGUAUCCCUUCGAAGGUCAAUAUUAUGGUGAACAUCAAUCCACUAGCACACCAAUGGCGUACGCACCAACUUCAAUGUAUCUAGGCUCAAAUAAUGAGGAACAACCCGAAGAUACUAAAUAUGAUGAAAAUACAAGCGAAGAUGAAGGUAGCGAAGACAAUAAGUUUGUGGUCGGUAAUGUUCCUAAAGAGUUGUCAGACUCCGUUACUCCCGCUGUUGUACCAGAGCAUGGGCCAAGAAAUUUAAAUAGGAAAAAGAGGAGUCCAGUUUACCAAAAGCGUAGUAUCACAGGCUCCAUUGAGGAAAUCCUUAAAGCAGCAAAGGAGCAAAACAAGGAUGUGUUUCUUAGCAACGAAAUAGACGAAGCUCUGGGAUUAACAGUUAAAAACGUGCCAGUACCAACUGAACCAAUCAAAAUGGAAUCAGAAAACAAAACAGCUGAAAUUAAAGAAGAAAUUGUUCCCGUUUACGCAGCAUCUGUGGAUCCUACAGAAGAAACAAAAACCACAAUAAAUAUACCCCUUACAACUGAAAAAAGUAUUUUUGUAGUUGAAAGUGUAUCGACUCUUCCAAUUAACAGUAACAAACAAGAAACAACUACUGAAACUGAUAUGUCAAAUGAAUUAGACGUUACGACUAAAGCCUUCAGAGUAUACGAGGUGUUUUCGUCAAACAGUCCGGUGGAUACAAUUGAGUCAACUGACACAAACGAAGCAAAAACUGAGACAACAACAGCUAAGAGCUUAAUGACUGAAACUACGACUGAAUUAAGGUCAGAAACGACUUCAACUAUGCCAUCUACUUUACCAGUUUCAGAAACAAAAGCACCAGCACCAGUUCCUAGUACUUCAAUACCAAAACCAACUAUGUACCCAGAAGUUAUAACGUACCCUCCUCUAAACCAGGAAGGCGGUAUUUUCACAUUUCUUAAACGUCUAAUAGAAUUCAAAUACAGACUUGGACUGAGUAUUAUACAGAAUACGUCAGAAUCUCUAAAUAGGUAUUUAAGAAGUAUGGAAAAUGCGGCGCAGAGCGUAGCAAAUGCUUCCAAGACUUAAAAUUUUAGCAUUUAUUUAUACUUAUCAAAUACGCACAACCGUUAGUCUAAUAUGGUAAAGAGAGGGGAGCGAAAGACUUAAGAAAAAUCAUAAUAUGACGAAAAAUAGUAUUACAUACUCAAUGCGCAUUUUUAAAUAAAAAUACAAAUCUCAAAUAGUGUGCGAUAAUGAAUACAUAUAUUUAUUUAUGUAAGGUAUGUAUUUUUAUCAAAGUAGGUAUCGUACUUAAACAACAAUUGGGUUGGCUACUGUCACUGGUUUAUAUGGAGCCAGCAAAGGUUUUACCUGUUUCUAGAGUCUGUCAAGACAUUUCCGACAGUAGAAAAAAGCGGCAGAUUAAAAAAGUGUAGGCGCGAAGGGUUAUCAUUCCAUAGAAAAUUUAAAUUUCGCGCCUUUUUCUACUGACAAAGUUUGUCCGACCGGUUUGACCGGUUACGGUUUCGUUAUAUGAGAUUUGGCUUAAAGGGCCAGCAUCCAGACCAUAAAAAAAACAUGAAUUUGAGACUAUUUGUAGGAAUGACUGGUAAAAUCUACGCUGACGUCAUCUGUAAAAUACUUACUUCGACCGGCCGACCCCUAGCCUACUAAGUUAUUAAGGUUGUAAGCAAAACAGGGAAAUAUGUAAGCUAUAAAAUUAUACGUAAAACUUUAGUAAGUAUAUUAUAUAAAUUAUAAUUAUUAUUAUAAAUUCGGAGGCUGGGUUGAACUUUAUUUUUAAAGCCCUACUGAAUUUGUGAUUUUAACUAUUUGCUGUUCUCAGGACGAUUAGUAUUUUAAGAAUUCAACUUAAUGUUUUCAAAUAUACACAAGUAAAUGGUAAAUUAUUCAACGUUACUUAGUAAAAAUAUCACAAUUUCCAAAAUUCCUGAUGUAAACUCGCAAGUAAUUAUUAUGAAGACUCGUUUAUUUAAAGUGAUUAUUUAAAGGUUUGUUAAGUAAUGAAGUAAUGUAACGUGCAACUUCAUUCCCUUUACUUUGUAAAUACCGGAUGUAACUACUUAAUAAACUUUUUAUACCAUGA